CCCGGAGCGGCACCGCUGGAGCGCCCGCCCGCUCGGCCAGCCCUUGGGCGCCGGCGGCGCGGCCAUGGCCGAGCUCAAGCCGCUGUCGGGGGACACGUUCCUGGCGCUGAGACACAGCUACGCGGCGGCCGCGGGCCUCGCCUACGGGGUGGCCCGGGGAUCCGAGGCGGUCCGCGGCUACGGCGCGCCGGGCCCGGGCGGCGACCUCCCCGCGGCGCCCGCGCCCCGCGCCCCGGCGGCGGCCGAGAGCAGCGGCGAGCAGAGCGGCGACGAGGACGACGCCUUCGAGCGGCGGCGGCGGCGGCGGCGCGGGCCCGGGGGCGCGGCGGACGCGCGGCGGCGGCCCCGGGAGCAGCGCUCGCUGCGGCUGAGCAUCAACGCGCGCGAGCGGCGGCGCAUGCACGACCUGAACGACGCGCUGGACGGGCUGCGCGCCGUCAUCCCCUACGCGCACGGCCCGUCGGUGCGCAAGCUCUCCAAGAUCGCCACGCUGCUGCUCGCCAGGAACUACAUCCUCAUGCAGGCGCAGGCCCUGGACGAGAUGCGGCGCCUGGUGGCCUGCCUCAACCAGGGCCAGGGCCUGGCGGCGCCCGUGGCCCCCGCGCCCUUGACACCCUUCGGCCAGGCUGCCGUGUGCCCUUUCCCUGCGGGCGCCGCUCUGCCCUGCCCGGACAAGGGCGCCGCCUUCCCCGGGACGCCCUCGGCGCUUUGCAAACACUGUAACGGGAAGCCGUGAGGCCCCAGGCCGCCC